CGUGUGUGGUGGAGCAGGUAGGAUGCUCCUGCUCUCUGCAGCCUCUCUGAGUGUCUGAGCCGAUCAGCAGCAGCAGCAGGAGGCGGUCAGUGGACGGUUCAGGUUGCUCUGCAGGGGCGGGACUGGGCCGAGCUGCAGCAGGGAUGCAUCAGGCAGCAGAACCGGGGCCUCUUCUUCCUCCUCUUCCUCUCAUGCGCUACUAAAGAAGAGGGAACGCUGCCUCUUUACCUCCUCCUACAUCUCCUCCUCCUACCCCCCUCUGGGGGGAGGAAAUAAACCCGAUCAGAGUCGCUGAAUGGAGAGAGGCGCCUGAAGAAGGGAGAGCGGUGGAGUUGCUCUCCUCUCCUCUCCUCCUCCCCUUCUUCUCUACUGCACCAAAAGAAAAGCCCCGGCUGGAUGAGACAUCAUGUCCUCGGCUGAGAGUGAGGAUUUAUCAGGCUACCAUUUGAGUGUUGUGCGUAACCCACCUGGCUGGGAGGUUGGGAUCUACCUGGUGGGCUUCCUGGUGCUGCUCGUCGCUGCAGGACUAAACAUCUGGAAGCUUUGGAAAUCUGGAGCCUUCCCCGCACCUUCGCCCUUCCCCAAUUUUGAUUACAGAUAUCUGCAAGAAAAAUAUGGAACCUCCUUCUCAGAAGUCAGGCAAAAGAGAGUUGCAGCCAACAACCACCGGCGCACCUCCACCACCUCCAGUCGUAAACCCAGCCUGGCCCUGGGUGACACCCCCGAUGCAUUCAGGGAGUUGGGCCACCUGGAGCUGAUGAGCAGGGAGCUGGACCCAACAGGCGGGGCUCAGAUCAACCGUUCCAUCUCCACGGACUCGCUCAGCUCUAUCUCCUCCAUCGCAAACAACUUUGGCCAUGACUUCACCGUCGGUCAGCUGGAAGUGACCCUGGAGUACGAUGCACAUCGGCAGCUGCUUCAUAUCACCCUGCACCAGGGAAAAGACCUCCUAGAGAAAGAGGAAGGAGACUUCCCUGGAUGCUUCAUCAGAGUUUCGCUGGGGCCAGAGGAGCUUCAUGUGGGCGUUACAAGGGUUCAAACCAAUGCUUUCACCGUCAUCUUCGAUGAGCGUUUUUCCAUCCCCAUGGAUCCGUCCGCCCUGGACGAGUACAGCCUGCGCUUUGCCGCCUUUGGCAUCGAUGCUGAUGAAAGGAACAUCAGCGCAGGCUUAGCAGAGCUGAAGCUGUCAGACCUGGACCUGACCAUCCGACCUUUCAACGCCUGGCUCUACCUCCAGGACGUCAACAAGGCAGUGGAUGCGGUCGGGGAGAUUUUGUUGUCUCUCAGCUAUUUACCAACAGCAGAGCGCCUCACUGUGGUCGUGGCCAAGUGCAAGAAUCUGAUUUGGACCAACGAGAAGAACACAGCAGAUCCGUUUGUCAAAGUUUACCUCCUGCAAGAUGGCAGAAAGAUCAGCAAGAAGAAAACCUCCACGAAACGAGAUGACACAAACCCCAUCUUCAAUGAAGCCAUGAUCUUCUCCGUGCCAUCCAUCGUUCUGCAGGAGCUCUCCCUGAGGGUCACGGUGGCAGAGGCCACUGACGACGGACGAGGCGAAAACCUGGGUCAUGUGAUCAUCGGACCUGAAGCCAGCGGGAUGGGGAUCACCCACUGGAACCAGAUGCUGGCUACCCUGAGGAAGCCUGUGUCCAUGUGGCAUCCACUACGCCGGAUCUAACCCCCUCCCCAUGAGCAGACCCUUACCUUUCCUCCUCCUGUUCUUUUGGAUUCUGCUUUGGUGCCGCGUUCAGAUCUGUUAUAAUGUCAUAGUUAGAAUUUAGAGUUGUGAUUAUUGGUACCAAAGUGGAUUAAAAUCAUAUCUUCAAGUAUUGAGGAAAAUAACAUUGGAUAUUAUAUUAAAUAUUUUGUUAUUGUUCUUAACUUUCACCUAAAUCAGCCUGAUUCUUUCUCUAUUGACAGCAGGGGAAGAUGUGAAUAUGUAAACCUUUUUUCCAGCCGUUAACAACUCUGAAAUAAAAGUUUCCGUUUUCAGUUUUAGGUAUGAAAAUCCCCUCCUUGCAUGGUGCCUACUCCGGUUGUAGCCUCUCUUAGAUGUGAUGGGAAUGAUGAACAGGACCGACGUCGAUCCUCUUUCAGGAAAAACAAUGGUUUGACAUUGAUUGCGCCUCAUUGAUUUAUUCUUUCCUAGUGGAUUUUGAGCUGUAUUUAAAUUGCUUGUAUAUCUUGUUAAGAGUCAGAUGGAUUGGGGGUUUGUUUCUUUUUCUGUUUAGUAUUUAAUGUACAUUUGAAAAAUAUCCAGGUACUUUGAUCCAGGUGAAAUAAUUGUAAUCUGUAGCAGUUGUUUCAGGGUGGCCAACUCUUAACGUCAUUCUGUUUUUAAUGCAAUAAGCAGAUUUAAUAGUAGUGCACCGUAACGCUUUUUACAUUGCCACAUUUUCCUCACAAUUCCAUGUACAAAUCAUGUUUUCCUACUUCAAUUUAGAAAAUUAUGUUUUAGCUUACAUUUUAUGACCGAGCAGCUAAACACCAUGGAAGCGGCUCUGUAAAGCUUGCUAAGUGUUGAGUUCUGGCUGUGCGAUUUCACUUCAGUUAGAGAAAACAACUUGAUGUUCUGCAUUUGAUGUUCACUCUUGUCAAACCUACUUGAGUCAUCCUUAGUGACGCAGCUUGGCUGAAAUGAAAGCAGUGAGACAAGAGGCUCACCAAGAUCAGAAUGUCAAGGUGGCUUUUUAUUCUCCAGCAAAUUGUGCAGUUGUAUUUUAUCAUAACCUUCAAAUGUAAGAAGAAAUAACAUUUAACACAUAAUCAGCCACAGGCAUUGAUGUGGAAUAAUUUUUGUUUCUUUAUUUUGGCAGAACUGCAUUUCACUCCUCACUUUACAAAACUGUCCAAAAACAACAUAACGUAAAUCCAAAAUACAUUUCCUCUGUGCCAAAAAAUAAAGCAAUAUUUUAAUUCAUUGUCACAACUUGCAUUCAACAAAGCUGUAGCCUACAUUCAGCCAUGCAUGACGUUCCUUGGCACUUGAUGUGGAUGAGCCUCAAGAAAACAGUGUAUAGUGUGAAUGCUGUUUCAAAUAAAAAAAGCAG